CGGCCACGGCAAUUGGACUUGAAUUGACAGAUCCUUUAGGUAACGCGUAGGCGACGGGGGACAAAACAGCCCCCAAGUACCACCCCAAGGUAGAACGCGAUAUCACGUGUCGUCAGAGCCGUGCACGGGCCUUGUGGAAUCGCUGCUACUACAUGUCGAACCGAUAUGGUCCCUGUAAAGUCCUCUCCCCGCCCAAAAUCACGUCCAAACCCACCCACCUUGCUGCUCAAGGUACCUGCCCUGCUCUCCUAACACCCGUCCGUCUUUUCAUCUCCUAGCUAGGUCCUGGGCGCGCAAAGCAAGCAAGUUGCAAGCAAGCGACGAAUCCAGGCCGCUUCCUUAGUGCUCGGAGAAAGAUGAACCAUAAGAAUUGGAGCGAUCGUGCAGAUCGGGAUUUAUUCUUUACGAUUUUGUCAGUAAAGCAAAUCGGAGUGAUAAGUGAGGCGGAAUGGCAAACAAUCGGCAGCCACAUGCGCACGCUAGGCUAUGGCUUCACCAAUGAAGGAUGUCGUCAACAUUUUCAAGGUUUGCGGCGUGCUCAAAAUAAAGCCGAUGCCAAUGACGUUGUCGAAAGUAGUCCCAGGAGAGCCGACCCGACAUUGAACCCCAUUACACGCAGGCCCGGACCCGGACGUGGACGCCCGCGAAGGGUGCCAGGAGAACCAGCAGAAGCACCCACCGCUGGAGAGGUUCCCGUAACACCGAUAGCUCCAACGUCUGCGUCAGAUCAGCCAGACAUGAAAUAUCACGUCCAACCACAAGCAGACCCUCAGUUUCAAGUGCAGAUGGGAGAUGCGCAUCUUCAAAACUCCUCCAUUCGUCCUACUCAUCAACAACACAACUUACAUCAACACGAGCCAUCGCAGCAUUACAAUCAACAGCACCACCAACCACAAUCACAACCACAGCCCAUGGCAAUAAUGGAUCCCUUGGAUGCAGACGGCAUUGAUUUUGGCCCUCACGAUCCAGAUGAUGACGACGACGCGGGACAUGAUAUAAAACGACAACGACAUGAAUCGCCCACUGAUCCAUCUCUAGAGGACGAGGCAGUACUCCGUGCUCUGGCUGCCGCCAACGGCACUGGACCUGUUGAUACUUAUUCUGAUGACUUUGGGUACGGCGAGGCGUAGGUGUCUUUCUUGCCAUAGUGCUCUGGAAAAUAGGCAUGUGGCACGGUGUAAUUCUUGGGGGCUGGUAUUUUCUACAACGGGAGUUACGGGAGCAAAGGAAUAAAGGGCUUAGCGUGAAAUGGAUAUAAAUAUAUAGUGUAUUAGAUACCUAGUAGGUAGGUAUGGAAGCGAUGUUUGGCCGUUGUUUUCUUAUUCCGCUCAAUGCCAAUAAAGGAACAUCGAAUGGCG